GGCUCCGCAUCGUUGCAGUCGGACUCACAGCUCGGCAGGCACCAUCUGACAUCGUGCGACAGUCCCGGCAGUCUCAACAGACUAUCCCGCCGACAUAACGUGAAGGAAAACUGGUGCGUCUUAUUACUUUUUUUUUCUGGUUCACUGAUUACAGUUCGCCAAUAUCACGCCGUUGUCUGCGUGCCUUUACUGAAAUUUGGUGCCGGCUGAUAUAUAUCCUGUUUGGCGCACCUGUCUAAAUUACAAGGCACCAAUCGCAACCUCAACCUUUGCUUGACGAAACGGAAAACCUGUUCCAGGGAGACUUGUCCCAACGCUGCGCCCACAAAUACUUUGGUACGUGAUGCAGCUUUCCACAAGCUAUUCCUUUUAUCAUUUUUUUUCAUCGUUCUUUUUUUUCUUCCUUCGUUAUUGACUGCGCAAGCACAUGUUGCGCGGUUGUGACGAAUAAACUUUAUUGUGAGUUACCGCCUUCUGUGUGUCCUUUCAGUGAUGUACCGUCUUUACCGUUGUCUUAGAUUCCGAGUAUGUUGUACUAACUCGCCGAAGCAUCUACUUUAGCUACUUUUCUACAAAAAACAGUCGAUGGUUGUUGAUGGUGGCACGGCACGAUCGUGGCAUCAGUAAACUGCAAGGCUUAUACAGCUGUCUGGACGAAAGAAAGUAGUAACGAAGACGACAUGAAAAUAGGCAGUUCGCGCGGCCACGCAUAGCUUCCACCGCGCACACACAUAUCCCGUACAGUUCUUUAGCUUUCCUGUGCCUAAUGUAUCCUGUUUGUGUACAUAGAGGGCUGCGUCGCUUCUCGUAGAAAAAGUUGCUGUGGCCAGCUGCGCUGCCGGGAAACUAGAUUUAACAUUAAUCACGCAAUAUGUACCCGUAUAACCUCAUCCACUGUUGUCGGUUUUAUUUUCCGAUCUUUUUUUUAUCUCCUUCUCCUGUUUGAACUGCAGGUUAGCAGCGGGAAAAAAAGAAGGCCGUUAUUUCUGUGAAGCGGAGUGCACGUCUAGGCUCAACACUAUCAUGAUCGGCGACCUGGACUCGAUGUCAUGUGCCCUGUGGGGUCGUGGUGCGGUGCCGCAGAGUGAGCUGGGAUUGUUCUUAGCACUGGUAAACCUGCUGAUUCACCUGCCUUUUACCGACCUGCCCGUACUUCGGGACUACGAGCUGGGAGAGCUGCGGAAGCAAUACGACUACGUCAUCGUGGGCGGUGGAUCCGCUGGAUGCGUGAUUGCCAACCGGCUGUCAACGAACCCCAGCGUCACGGUGCUGCUUCUCGAAGCCGGAGGACUGGAGACGGCAUCUCGGCAGAUACCAGCAGCUGCUCCCUUCAACCUGAGAGGACACGACGACUGGGAUUACCACAGCGUUCCGCAGAGCAACGCCGCUCUCUCCUUCCGCGAACAGGUGGGAACUUCUCGACUUGUGGGUGCGGGCGCAUUUACGAAGCAAAUGGUUUCAACAGCGCGUUCUGAAAGUUUUGAAAAGGUCUCGCCUCACACAUCCCGCUGGCUUAAAUGCUUAAAUCCUUCCUUGGCGUUUUUGUUUUUGGUUGUUGUUCCGGGUCCCACCCACGUGCAGCGGCUGUCACUCUCACGCGGCAAGGUGCUCGGCGGUAGCAGCGUGCUCAACUUCCUGCUCUACAUGCGGGGUAAUCCGAAGGACUACGACCGAUGGGUGCGAGAGUAUGGAGCCACUGGCUGGGGAUACGAAGACGUGCUCCCACAUUACAAGGAGAUCGAGGACUACCGUGCCGGACCGCUGGACCAGUACCACGGAAGCGGUGGCGAGGUACCAGUGGACACCGCGAAUACCAGCACGCUACUCAGCCAUCUCCUCCUCGAGGCUUGCAACGAGUUGGGCUAUCCCUACGUGGACUACAAUGGGCCAACGCAGUCAGGAUGCUCUCGUGCGCAAGCCAACGUGGCGAACGGCGAGCGUUUUAGUUCGAGCAAGGCAUUCAUCCAGUCCGUCGUCGGGGCAAGGAAAAACCUACACGUGGCAUUGUUCAGCCAAGUCACAAAGGUGAACUUUGAAGGAAGACAAGCCGUGGGCGUCUCCUUCAGUAGGUACGGCAAGCCUCAGGAUGUUUUGGCCCGGCGAGAGGUGAUACUGUCAGCGGGAACCGUGGGAUCCGCCCAGCUCCUGUUGCUCUCCGGGGUGGGGCCCAAGGAGCAGCUGGAAAGGUUACAGAUUCCAGUGAUUGCUGACCUUCCAGUCGGGCGCAAUCUACAGGACCACGUGGUGCUUCAGAUGGCCCCUCCCGUCAGUAUGAAUGUGAAUGCUGGUAUUCCGCCUUUCGGCCUGGAUGAUAUCGAGCAGUAUAACUGGAAUAAAACUGGCACAAUCUCAAUACCGGCGAGCACCGAGUUCGUGCAGUUCCUGCACACCGACCAUGCGACGGACGCUGACAUUCCUGACAUAGAAAUAGCCCCGAUUUCGACCUCGCCCGCCAGUGAGCUUUUCAAAUCCGCGAUGGUGGAGCUGGGCCUGUUACCAGAGGCUUUUGACGGCAUCAUUGGACCUACAGACGGAAGGCUUGGCUUUCGUAGCAUAGUCAUCCUCAAUCGGCCAAAGUCAAGGGGCGCCAUCACACUUCGAUCUGCUGACCCUUACGACCACCCGGAUAUCGACCCGAGAAUUCUCGAUCACCCUGACGAUGUUAAGAGGGCCGCUGAAGGCACGAGAAAGUUCAUCGACGAGGUGCUGGGCACAGCAGCCAUGCAGAGCAUCGGUGCCGAGCCCUGGAACGUUACCUUCCCUCCGUGCGCUGAGGCGGGAUCCCUGUGGAGUCAGAAUUACACCGAGUGCCUGUUCCGCCAUGCCGCGCACACUAUGUGGCACCUGUGCUGCACAGUGGCUAUGGGAUCGCACUCGGAAGCUGUCCUAGACGAACGACUCCGGGUCCGAGGCAACGUGACGAAUCUCCGAGUGGCCGACGCUUCUGUGAUGCCCGACAUUGCGAGUGGUCACACAAAUGCAGUUGCAAUGAUGAUCGGCAGCAAGGCGGCAGCUAUGAUCAUAGAAGACUAUGAAGAACGACGAUGUCAUGAUGUAUGACUCGCAAGGCUCCCGGCAACGUUGAACACCAUUUGUUGGAGUGUGUGCUGGACUCGUUACAGGGCGCAAAUUUUCGUUUGAAGCGCUCCAGCCUGUAGGCUUUUCUACACGUUAUAGCUUGGACGACAUGGUGUUUCCGAGUGGAGGCUGGACAUUCGGGAGGGAGGCGUCCCGUCUCCUCCUAAAGUUUUUACGCCAUGUAGGCUUAGCCAACGAUUGGUAACGCUUGCCAGACUAAUUUCAUGGUGUACUUGUGUCAAGGGGGGCGGCCGGACCGGCUCGACACCGUGCGCGGGAUGGGUCACAGAAUGCGGGUUUGUGUACUUGUUCCGCCUAGCUGUGCGCACACCAUCUUGCUCACCCGUUCCACACUGCGCUUCUGAACGGUGACGUACUUCCCCAAAUUUUCCUGAAAGCCCGGCCGCGGCAGUGGCCGGCAUGCCUUGCAAGGCUACAUCCGUCUGGAGCCAGCAGCAUAUUGCUCUACCUCCUCAACGAAUGUUUAUGUCGCUCAACGCUGCACUACGCUUCUUUUGCGCCCCACUUUGUAAAUUUGUGUUCUACAACCCAUUCCGUACAAAGUUCUAAAAAAAAAAGGACAAGAAGAGUCCUGUGUGAGUGCUGUGUUGCUUUUUCUAGGCCUUGUGUACGCUUACUGGAAUAGUUUGCCACUAUUCCAUUCAGCAAAAAAGGUAGUCGGAAUCUUCCUUAAUGUUCUGCAGAGAUCAAUAAAGACAAAACAAUAGUGCA